GGAGGCAGAGGAAAUUGAGAACAGAAAUUGUUGGCAAUACGUACUCUCAUUUUUUUUUUCUUUUUAAAGCUCCACGACAGCUUAAACUUUAGAUCCUCAUUUCAUGGAUGAUUGGCGUCUGCGGAGAUCCCUCUGCAAGUUGCGGGCUGCCUCCCGCUCUCUCUUCUCGCCUCCCGGGAGCCACUUCCGUUCACGGACCUACAAACAGUUUUCCGGUUUGGUCCAGAGAUUUCUCGGGAAAACUAGGCUGACAAGAGCAUUGUUUUGCAUCCAUCUUGAAGAUGUUCGGGUUUAUGAAGGGCUUCAACAAGCCCUCUUCGGACUCCGAUAUGCAGCCUGCAAAGAGAGCCGCUUCGGAACCAAACCUCGUCGUGCCAAAUGACCUCAAUGACAGGCACAGGGGAGGAGGCUCGGCAUCGUCUUCUUCAUCCCCUUACAAUUCCGCUGCUGCCAAAGACAGGUACAAGAAUGACUUCAGGGACUCGGGCGGGCUCGAGAAUCAGAGCACGCAGGAACUGGAGAAUUAUGCGGUCUACAAGUCCGAGGAAACCACGAGCACUGUGAACAACUGUCUGAGGAUUGCCGAGGAUAUCAGAGGCGACGCCACCAGGACUCUUGAUAUGCUACAUGCUCAGGGUGAGCAAAUCACGAGGACCCAUCACAUGGUCGCCGAUACUGAAAAGGAUGUGAGCCGGGGCGAGAAGAUUUUGGGCAAUCUCGGGGGCAUGUUCUCUAAGACAUGGAAGCCGAAGAAGGGCAAAGAAAUCACAGGGCCUGAAGUAACAGUCGAUACUUCAUCCAAGAGAGCCGACAAGCAUCAGAGGGAGAAGCUGGGUCUGGCUUCUGCUCCAAAAGGGAAGGCGGGUUCCAAGCCUUCUGAGGAACCGACCACCGCUAUGCAGAAAGUCCAGAUGGAGAGUGCAAAGCAAGACGAUGCUUUAUCGGAUCUGAGUAAUAUCCUGGGGGACCUGAAAGGCAUGGCACUCAACAUGGGAACAGAACUCGAAAGGCAAAACAAGGCCCUCGACAAUCUCAAUGAUGACGUGGAUGAGCUAAAUUCUCGCGUGAAGGGAGCCAAUCAGCGCACUCGUCGCCUAGUUGGCAAAUAGAUGUCGCUGUGGAGCCUGCCUUCCCUCGUCAUGGAUGCUUGUACGUACUCCGCUUCUUGUUCGGAAUGUUGCAUUAAUUGCUUGUGUCCAAAGUCACCUGUUGCCAUAUUUUGUAAUCCAAUCCAACGCAAAAAUUCAUGGA